AUGCCAAACGACAGCAUUUACUCAUCUGAUGGUUUGUCUUGCAAGGAAAAGUCGUAUAUAAUGUCAAGCUGUCAAAAGAAGUCUAACAGAUUUGUAGAUUUAAAAAUAUUAGCUGCACAAGCAAUAAGAAACAAGAAGAUAUUUUCAAUAAGCGGUUCUUCUAGUGCAGUAAGAAGGGCAUUAUUAGAGCGAGGUUGGGUGGAAAAAAUUCCGGCAAAUAAAAUGAACUUAUCGAAAAUUCGAACUGAUAUCUCAAGUAAAACUAAAAUACAACAUGAACUGGAAAGAAUAUGUUUAUCUAAUUUUGUUGAAAAAUAUGAUCCGAAUUUUGUUUGGCGCACAAGAGACGAGCGGCGGGACACUACUAUUGAUAUGAAUAAAGAUUGUAAUACAAUUAUUAAUAAAUUACAAAUUAAUGCAACGUGGACUUCAAAACAAGGGCUUUGUUCUUCAAUAAAAAGAAACUAUUGGUAUCAUAUAGAAGAUGUGGCUGAAGUUAGCUGUCCACGGUCAUAUAGUACCUCAGACUCCGGUGAUAUAGAAGGAUUUGUAAAAGAUUACAAAAUCACCGCAUGUACUAGCUUAUUAAAAUGGAUACUAUCAAUGGUAGCUAACGAUAGACCCGUUUUCGUCGCCACAGGACAAAUUUCUAUAAACGUUAUGGUUUUUGCUAUAAACCGUUGUAAGGAAUAUCUAUUGAGAAAGCAAAAUAAGGAUAUCGAUCGGCUUAUUCAGCCUAUUAGCAUUCGUCAAUGGGAUUCUUUUUUGAAGAAAUAUUAUUGUAUCAUAGCAAAGGAUGGCGUUUUUCAGACUGACAAAGGGAUAAAGCUGCCCGUAUAUCUCAGCUAUUCGAAAUUUUUGCUGAAAGAAAUGCACAAGUAUCGACCACAGUUAAGCUGUGAAGGUUGUCACAACAUUUGGAUAAUUAAGCCUGGUUGUUGUUCAAGGGGGCGUGGUAUCCGUAUGGCGUCUAAAUUUGGAGUAAUAAUGAAUUUAUUGAAUAAAGCAAAUACAAAGUAUGUCAUACAAAAAUAUAUUGAAGAACCUCUACUAAUAUAUGAAACAAAAUUUGAUAUCAGGCAAUAUUACCUCGUAACAAGCACAUAUCCACUGAUCAUUUGGAUGUAUAAAGAUUGCUAUUUAAAGUUUAGCUCACAAAAGUACAGCUUGAAAAAUUAUCACGAAUCAAUCCAUCUGACGAACAAUGCCGUCCAAAGAAAAUACGCCAACUGUGAAGGAAGACAUACAGACUUGCCACAUAAUAACAUGUGGGACCUCAAUAAGUACAAAUCAUAUUUGAAUAAACUUGGCAAAGACGAUGUCUGGGAUACGAUAAUUUAUCCGGGAAUGAAAAGGUCCAUCAUUAGUAUCAUGCUCAGUUCCCAGGACUCCCUGUCUGUGAGCAAGAAUCGUUUUGAAUUGUACGGGUGUGAUUUUAUACUGGACAAAGAAUACAAACCGUGGCUUAUAGAAAUCAAUUCUUGUCCAGAUUUAAAUCACACCACGCAAGUUACAGCUCAAAUUUGUCCAGCGGUCCAAUCGGAUAUAAUAAAAGUUGUCAUUGACUAUGCCAGUAAUCCAAAAGCUUCCACGGGUAGAUUUGAACGCAUCUAUCGACAGCCUGUGACCAUGCCACAAUAUGGUAACGCUGCUGAUUUGUCUCUACGCGGAUAUUCGUUGCCCUUAGAUUAUUUUUACAAAGGAAACAUUGAGGUACAAGAAAUGUAUGAAGACACCAAAAUUGGCAAAGAGAAUGACGUUAAAGAAGUGCGGAAAUUAUUAAAAGAAGCCUAUAACACGGAAAUGAUAAUGAAACAGCCGGAGGAAGAUUUUACAUUUCCCGAUAAAAAGGAAAAGGAUACGUGUACACAUAAAACUUUAUCUGAAUACGAAAUGGAGGUGACAGCUAGUGCCGUUAACAAGCAACUUGAUAAAUUGAUGGAAAGAAUUCCAUCUGAUUAUAGUUUCAGCGACAAAUGUGGCUUGAAGCUUAAUCCAUCUUUGUCUUUAAAUCCAAUACAGAAAGUUUGCAGCGUUACUAACCUUCAUAGUCUUGUAAAGAACUCUGUUAGUCGUGUAACGAUAUUGGACGAUCUGAUCAAGACUUUUAAUUUUAGCAAAUUGGACGAUGGACCUCACGGUAAAGGUAGUAUUGUUGACUACGGCCCAAUACAGCAAAUUCAUUUUAAUCGUUUGAAUGCACUUGAUGAUGGUAAAAAUGUUACAAAGCCAAAUCACGUGGAGUUUAAUAACCUUACACAAGUUGUUAAGAGUGCAACUGCCGAAAUAGUGUCUUUUAUUAAUAAUAAAGAAAAAGAGUACCUUUCGAAAAUAUAAAACCAUUGCCUUCCCAAUUUUGCUUACUUUAACAACCUCUCCGACGUUUAUAUUUUAAUAUCAUCAUAAUAACAGCCGAAUGCACGUUCACAGCUGGAUAUAAUCCUUUUGUAGGAACUUCCAAACACCAA